AUGCGUAAAUAUUAUUUUGAACGUACAUUGAUUCAAACUGGCGAAAAGAAGUGGCGUUGUUGCGUUAAGAAAUGUCCAGCUUUUAUAAAAAUUUUAGAACCUCCAAUUAUAAUAUCAUCAAGUAAUGAAGAUCAUAAACACGAAUCUUGCAGUGAACAAAUGAUGCAGCGUCAACAGCUGUCUGCAUCAGUUAAAAGAAAAGCAACUGAUAAUCCGCACGAUAAACCAAGUAAAGUUUUAAUUCAAUGUUUAAAUGACCAGUCAACUAGUAAAUUAGAAAUUACUGAUUUAAAAUAUAUUAAAAGAAACGCAUACAAUGCACGCCGUAAUAUUUUACCUCCUUUACCAAAAAAUAUGGACUCUAUCCACGAAGCUAUUGAGCAACUUAAUAUAAAGACAAUCCAAGACGAACAUUUUGUAUUAACAAAUAAUGUAAUAGAUAAUUUAAUAAUUUUUUCAUGUAAAUCAUAUUUAAGAGCUUUUUUUCAAGCAGAAAUUGUAUAUCUUGAUGGAACAUUUGAUUUCUGUGCUAAAUUUUUUUACCAAUUCGUAAGUUUCCAUGGUUAUUUAAACGGUCAUUAUGUUCCUUUAAUAUUUUGUUUAUUGAAAGAUAAAAAGGAAUCAACUUAUAAACAAUGUUUUCAAACAAUAAAUGAACUAUGUAAUGAAAUUGGUAGUGAAUUCAAACCAAAUAAAAUUGUAACUGAUUUUGAAAAAGGAUUACGAAAUGCUUGCAUGUUACAAUGGCCCGGAAUUCAAUUAGAUGGUUGUCGUUUCCAUUUAUCGCAGGCAUGGUAUCGUGCAAUUCAAAGAUUUGGGCUCGCAGCGGACUAUAAAAAUGACGAAUCUGAAAUUAGUAAAUGGCUACAUUACUGUUUUGGAUUGAUAUUUUUAAACCCAGAAGAUGUUGAAAACUGUUUUAGUAUUGACCUGUACAACGCUAAACCAAACGAUGACCGCCUGGAUACAUUUUAUGAUUAUUUAAAAAUACAUAUAUUGGUGAACGAGCAACUUUUCCACCUACAGUCUGGGCAGAAGCUUCUUCCGAAUUGA